AUGUUUUGGGAGAUUACUGCUGUUCUGAGUUUAUUAGUUGCGAUUUUUUGUUGUGCUUUGUUAUACACACGACAGCAAGAACUCAUAUUUAGUCCGACACAGCGCAAUCUCCCGUCAAUGGUUGAGUUGAAGGAAAGUUACAAUCUUCCAUUUGACUUAAAGGAGAUCGAGAUAAUGACAAAUGACAUGAACAAAAUCUAUUUAUAUGGAGCUUUACAAAACGAGACAAAAAGUCAUCACACCGUGUUAAUUUUUCCAAAUGCUUUUGGAACUAUUUUAGAUAGUUUUUCGUUGUUUAUAGAAUUGUACCAAAAAGGGUUUAAUAUCGUUUUUGCGAGUUACCGUGGUUUUGACAAAUCGACUGGGAAGCCCGAAGAAAGUGAAAUGGAUAAAGACGUUUUGAAUUAUUACGACGCAGUAAAGAGUUUUGGGAUCGACACAAAAACGAUAGUAUUUUAUGGGAGAGGACUCGGGGUGUCAAUGGUUUUGAAACUAUUAAAUAAACUACAACAACAAAAUGAUGAGAAUGUGAUUGAAAGAAAAAUCGUUUUGGAGAAUGGAUCCACCACACUGCAACAUAUGGCAAAUAUAGUAAUCCCAGCAAGUCGAUUUGUUUGGUAUUUCGUCAAAGACCGAUGGGACAAUUUAACUUUAAUUAAAAAUGUUACUAUAAAUACUAACUAUCUUUUUAUAACUUCAGAACUAGACGAAUUAGUUCACCCAUCAAUGACUCAACAUUUGUUUGAUGUUGCUACAAAAAUGGGGAACACCACAAAACUCGAAAGUUUAAAGGGGGAGUUCCACACUAUAAAAAAUACAAAAUUACUUGCCGAAAAAGUCUUUGACUUCGUCAAUGAAAAAACUACAGAGAAAGAAGUCAUUAAUACGUCGAAUUGA